AGUUUAUGGCUGCUCCUCGCUCCACUCAUUAUGCAGCAGUACUUCGCAUCAUUCGCUAUGUUAAGGGAACAUUAUUUCAUGGACUCCAUUUUUCUGCCAACUCCUCCCCUGUGCUUCGCGCUUACUCUAAUGCUGAUUGGGCCGGUGAUCCUUCUGAUUGUAGAUCUACCACCAGUUACUGUCUUUUCCUUGGUAAUUCUCUCAUCUUUUGGCGGAGUAAGAAACAAGCUAUUCCAUCUCGCUCUAGUACAGAAGCUGAGUAUAGAGCUCUCAGGGAUACCACAUCAGAACUUCUUUCAUUACGGUGGCUUCUUGAAGAUAUGGGCAUUCCUCGACCUUCUUUUACUGAUUUAUAUUGUGAUAAUCAAAGUGCUAUGCAGAUUGCUCAUAAUGAUGUCUUUCAUGAACGCACUAAACACAUUGAGGUUGAUUGUCACUUUAUUCGCCAUCAUGUUGCACAAGGAACUGUUCAUUUGGUUUUCAUUGGCUCCGCUAAUCAACCAGCAGAUCUCUUUACCAAGGCUCAUUUUCGUGGACGCUUUCGUACUCUUCUUUCCAAACUCAAGUUGGUUUCAUCACAACCAACUUGAGUUUGAGGGGGAAUGUUAAAAUGUGAACAUAAUUAUAUUUAGAAUUAUUGUAAAUAUUUUAUACUUUAAAAUAUUUUAUUCGUAUACUUUAUACCUUAGAAUAUUCUCUUUGUAAACAUCUAUAUAUAGGUCAUUGUACAUACAGUAUAAUUUAAGAAAGCAAUAAACAUUUC